AUGUGGCAAGAAAUUAUUCUUAUUUUAACACUAAUAGAAUGUCGCAGAUUACAUGCCCGACCGACUAGUGCGGCAUCUUUUGGCAGUAACUUUACAGUACUUUUUCCAAGCAACAAUAAAUACACCAAUGAAAAACCAAAAAUUAGCAUCACUUUGAUGAAUCCAAAUAUUAGACAAACAUUAGUUAAAAUAAAAUAUGCUGAAAGUUUUUCGAGAGAUCUCAAGGAAAUUACUGUGAUCGUUGGAUCAAUGAGUUAUCAAGAAGUUCACUUCAAUGACUCAUUGAUAAAUAGUUGCCAAAAUGCAACUCAUGAAAAUUUGGUGGAAUGCGCAGAUAGUAGAAUAUAUAUCAGUUCAUUAAAACAACCCAUAGCUGUUCUUUCACACUGGUAUCUUCCUGGUGCUGGUGACAGUUUCCUCGUAUUGCCAUCAUCGAUGGCUACAAAUAGAUAUGCAUUGUCUGCGCCAGCACCUGCUGAAGAUGGUAUUACAACAAUAUAUUUCUUACCUCAAUCAAAUAAUAUGACAGUAAAUGUGGUUGGAGAAAUUAAUGAAGAGCCAUUCAACAAUUCAUUUUCUCCAAAAUUGGAUAAUGGAAAUUUAAUGACAAUACAAGCAACGAGUAAUUUAGCAUUAAUAGUAAGCGCAGAUGCCCCAUUCACAGUUAUUGUUGCAGUGGAGAAGUUGCCAGUUUCAUCAGAUAAUAAUAGGACUGAUUUUGGCGUAUAUAUGCCUACACCUCUUCAUGAUUCAGGUGAAAUAAUUUCCGAUUGUUAUAAUGUAAGCGAUCAUCAUGUUGCAAUGCUGAAUGAUGCGAAAAAAUUCCUCGUAACGCAAGGCAAUUUAUUGUGUGAUGCGGAAUUUACCGUUCUUGAUGAGAUGGAACAUUCGAGCAUUUUUUCACUGACAGAACCUUAUAACGAAGUGGAACUUGUGGAAUAUAGUCAAAAUGCAGGUUUCAAUUCCAGUUCUGCAGUAUUACAAGUAUUAAAAUAUGGCUAUGAUAAUGAAUUAAUUAAUGGGUCAUUUCUUGAUUUGGUUGUUUCAUGGUCACAGUUUGUUACUGAUGUAACUACUCUUUUUGUACCCAGUGAUCAAAAUAUCAUUACGAUCAUAGGUGAUGCUAAAGCAACCACUACUACAGUUUCCGGUAAUCCAUUUCCAAAUGAACUCAUCUGGAAUUGGACUCCAAUAACUUUUUAUCACGAAACAUUCUACUACUGUACCGUAUCUCUACCUGUAGGGUUCUAUGCAAUAAAAUCAGACGGUUUAUAUACCGUAUUUGUGGCUGGCCAGAUACAGGGUGCUGCAUACGGUUUCGUCACUGCCCAUAACGAGCAAAUAUCGAAAGAUUUGCCUCAAAUAAAGACAACCGUACAACCAAAAACGACAACUGAGAUUCCAUGUAAGGAUGUUUAG